AUGUCCUCGAAUUCAAUUAAAACGACCGAUAGGCUAGUGUUCUGUCACUUUAUAAUUGGCAUCACGAGCAACCGCCAGAAUUCUGCCGACUACGACGAUAACAUGAAACACGCCAAAGGCUUAGGGAUUAAUGCCUUUGCCUUAAACUUUAGAACUAAUUUCUACACCGAUACCUAG